CUCUUUAAUUCUCUUGUCGCCGUAUUCUUCAUCGCAUUCGCAUCCAAUAAAGGCGAUACUUUUCGUACUGCCAGCCACUCAAAGCCCGCAGCUUUACCGAAACUCUGAUAUUUCGGCGUCUCGGCCGAUAAAAUGGCCGAUUACACGCCGUUACUAAACGGAGUAGACCAUCCGGCGACCAUCUGCGCGAAACCUCCACGUAUCGCCUCUCUCGAUGUCUUUCGCGGCCUAUGCGUCUUCCUGAUGAUGCUAGUUGAUUAUGGCGGCUCAAUUUUUCCGAUAAUCGCUCACUCUCCGUGGAACGGUCUCCAUUUGGCAGACUUUGUUAUGCCUUUCUUUCUAUUCAUUGCUGGAGUUUCUCUUGCUCUUGUCUACAAGAAGGUGACAAACAGAGCAGAAGCUACAUGGAAAGCGGUGUUUAAGGCCCUAAAACUUUUUCUUCUAGGCGUUCUGCUUCAAGGUGGUUAUUUCCAUGGAGUAACUUCCUUGACUUUUGGAGUUGACAUUGAAAGAAUACGGUGGUUUGGAAUUCUACAGAGGAUAGCACUUGGAUAUAUUGUUGCGGCUUUAUGUGAAAUCUGGCUAUCACGUCAGACAUGGGAUGAAGUGGGAUUUUUCAAGAGUUAUUACUGGCACUGGUGCGUCAUCUUUUCAUUAUCAGCCAUAUACGCAGGGUUACUGUAUGGUUUGUAUGUACCAGAUUGGGAAUUCAAAGCAUUGACACCAACUUCUAUGCGUCCCUCUAGUGAUAGUUUUGUUUAUUUGGUGAAAUGUUCUGUGAGAGGAGAUCUUGGACCUGCCUGUAAUUCUGCUGGCAUGAUUGAUCGUUUUAUUCUGGGUGUUGAUCAUCUAUAUUUGAAACCUGUUUACAGGAACCUGAAGGAAUGCAACUUGUCUGCUGAUGGUGAGGUUCCAGAGAGUUCACCUUCAUGGUGUCAUGCUCCUUUUGAUCCAGAAGGUAUUUUAAGCUCCCUAACAGCUGCAGUGACCUGCAUAAUUGGACUUCAAUAUGGUCACAUUCUUGCACACAUAGAGGACCACAAAGGGCGCCUAAAUGCUUGGUCCUUGUUUUCAGUUUCAAUCUUUGUUCUUGGUUCAUUCCUUGCCUUCAUAGGCAUUCCUGUAAAUAAAUCUCUGUACACAAUCAGUUAUAUGCUAAUUACUUCAGCUUCUGCGGGAAUCACAUUUUGCGCUCUGUAUCUACUGAUCGAUGUUUACGGGUACAGGUGCAUUACAUCUGUGUUGGAGUGGAUGGGAAUACAUUCUUUGAGUAUUUUUGUUCUCGUAACUUCCAACCUAGCUAUUAUUGCAAUACAAGGAUUGUACUGGUCUGAUCCUGAAAAUAACAUUGUAAUGAGUGAAGAGGGACAAGCCCACCACCAUGGGAAGGACUAUGUGGACCCACCACCAGCUCCUCUCAUCGACAGCGAUGAGCUCAAGCGGUGGUCCUUCUACAGAGCCCUCAUAGCCGAGUUCAUAGCCACCCUGCUCUUCCUCUACAUCACCGUAUCCACUGUCAUAGGCAACAAGGUCCAGAGCGGGCCUUGCGAUGGCGUUGGCCUUCUGGGUAUUGCAUGGGCCUUCGGUGGCAUGAUCUUCGUCCUCGUCUACUGCACCGCCGGCAUCUCUGGUGGUCACAUUAACCCAGCUGUGACUUUCGGGCUUUUCUUGGCUCGCAAGGUCUCGUUGAUCAGAGCUGUGGCUUACAUCGUGGCCCAGAGCUUAGGAGCCAUUGUUGGUGUUGGGCUGGUCAAGGCCUUCCAGAAACACAACUACAACUCACAGGGUGGUGGAGCCAACACGGUGGCUCCUGGCUACAGCAAGGGCACAGCUUUGGGUGCUGAGAUUAUUGGCACCUUUGUUCUCGUCUACACAGUUUUCUCAGCCACUGACCCCAAGAGGAGUGCACGUGACUCCCACGUGCCUGUUUUGGCUCCACUGCCUAUUGGGUUUGCUGUGUUCAUUGUGCACUUGGCUACAAUCCCCAUCACUGGUACUGGAAUCAACCCAGCAAGGAGCUUUGGUCCUGCUGUGAUUUUCAACAACGAAAAAGCCUGGGAUGACCAGUGGAUCUUCUGGGUUGGGCCAUUUGUUGGAGCUCUGGCUGCAGCUGCAUACCACCAGUACAUUCUCAGAGCAGCAGCUAUCAAGGCUUUGGGAUCAUUCAGAAGCAACCCAACCAAUUGAUUCAAAAGAGAGGGAGAUGAAAAAGGAAGAAAAGAGUGUCAAGUUCUGAUAUUUUGUUCUAUUUGUUGAUGAUUGUGUAUGAGAAGAUCUUGAUGUUGAUGAUCAUCUUAUAUCUUUCUUGUUUCUUUAUUAUCUUUUAAUUUCUUAUUGUUAGCUGUGGAUGAUGUGCAUUGAGUAGUGAGAUAAUGUUUUGCUCCC